CAUCUUGAAGGUGAGGCACAACUUUGGUACCAAUUGCUUAAACAAGAGAUGGGGGUUAUCACUUGGGAACAGUUCAAAGAGGGACUUCAUUCUAGGUAUGGUCCUAAUCAGUUCUUUGAUUUCUUUGGAGAGCUCACUAAAUUAAGGCAAACUGGUACGAUAGCAGAAUAUCAAACUAGCUUUGAGAAGUUGCUUGCUAAAGCUGGGCCUAUGCCACAAAAUAGACAGGUGAGCUGCUUUGUUAGUGGCCUAUGUGAUGCGAUUCGCACUGAUGUGCAGGCUAACAGACCCACCACCUUGUCUUCAGCCAUUGGGUUGGCUCGUUUAUAUGAAGCAAGAGAUCUCUCCCGCCGAAAGGCCACUUCACUUGUUCCGAAGGGUGGUUCUCUUUCUCGCAAUAUAGUUGCGGCACCUUCAUCCUCAAUUCCCAUGAAGAAGAUGACUACUGAAGAGUUAAAUGAGCGAAGGAGAAAAGGGCUUUGUUUCAGAUGCAAUGAAAAGUUUGGCCCCGGGCAUCGCUGCAAGAAGUUGUUCCUGAUUCAAGCAUGUUUGGAAGAUAGUGAUGAAGAUGUAGAAAUGGAAACUGAUAGCUGUGAUGAGCACCCAGUUGAAACACCAGAAAUUUCCUUGCAUGCCAUUGCUGGAACACGGGCACAUGAGACAAUGCGAGUUAAAGGCAGCCUCAGACAUAGGGCAGUUAUUAUGCUUGUGGAUUCAGGAAGCACUCAUAAUUUUGUGAGUGAAAGGGUUGCAAAGGCAGUGGGUUUGCAGCCUAAUUCCAGCGGCCAACUUGCAGUAAUGGUAGCUUCUGGAGAAAGGAUAGCUAGUCCAGGUAAAUGUGCUCAUGUCCCGAUAAAAUUACAAGGAGUUACAAUAUUCAUUGAUUUCUAUUUAUUACCACUUGAAGGCUAUGAUGUUGUUUUAGGGGCUUAGUGGUUGAGCACACUGGGACCCAUUGUGUGGGAUUUCUCUAAGUUGCAGAUGAAAUUUGAUAUGGGAGGGAAAGAAGUGGUCUUACAUGGCUUGUCAAUCCCAGAAAAUAAGGUGGUCAACAACUUCCAAUUGGAACGUGUAGCUAGAAAAAGAAAAGAAGGAGUCCUGUUGCAACUAUAUGCCAUGAGGGGCCCACAGGCACAAUACUUUCAACUUCUACUUCCCACUAACGUGCAGCAACUCUUGGAUAAAUAUAAGGAAGUACUAUCAAAACCAAAGGGUCUUCCUCCCAGGAGAGCACAAGAUCAUAGGAUCCCUCUACAAGUUGGUCAAGGGCCUGUUUCAGUCAAACCAUAUCGAUAUCCUCAUUAUCAGAAAGCUGAGAUAGAGAAGUUGGUAGCUGACAUGCUUUCUACUGGACUUAUUCGGCCAAGCAACAGUCCUUAUUCUUCUCCAGUCAUCCUA